AUGGCAUCAUAUCAGCUCUUUCUAUUUUACUCAACCUCUCUCUCUCCCAACCCCCUCUCUUUUCUCUCUCUCUCUCUUGCUUUCUUUUUAUAUCCUACUCUCUCUCUCUCAUAUAAACAAAUACAUUUUCUCUUUUUCUUUCUCUCUUUUAAUCUGUAUCCUAUUGUCUUUCGUAUCAAUCUUCAUUUUAAUUCUAUCCGUCUAACAUCUUUUUCUAUCUAUCUAUCUAUCUAUCUAUCUAUCUAUCUAUCUAUCUAUUUCUUACUAUUUUUUUGUCUAUCUUCGUAUUAUUUCUCAUUAUUUUGCCUGUCUAUCUCCGUCUGUUCGUUUCUCCCUCCUUCCCUAUCUAUCUAUCUAUCUCUCUAUCUAUCUAUGUUUCCUUCUAUCUAUCUAUCUAUCUAUCUAUCUAUCUAUCGUCAGCGACGUGAGCCUCUUCAUACUUCAUAUCUAUCUGUCAACCUCAUCAUUAUCUAUCUAUCUAUCUAUCUAUCUAUCUAUCUAUCUAUCUAUCUCGACCCAUUCUUUCUCAUCUAUCUAUCUAUCUAUCUAUCUAUCUAUCUAUCUAUCUAUCUCGACCCAUUCUUUCUCAUCUAUCUAUCUAUCUAUCUAUCUCGACCCAUUCUUUCUUAUCUAUCUAUCUAUCUAGCUAUCUCGACCCAUUCUGUUUCAUCUAUCUAUCUAUCUAUCUAUCUAUCUAUCUAUCUAUCUAUCUAUCUACUUUGUUCUUUUAAUCUGAAAUCGCAAUCUCUUUGUAACUGUUUUUAUAAUUCGCCUCAUAUCAAUCUAUCUAUCUAUCUAUCUAUCUAUCUAUCUAUCUAUCUCAUCCAGUUUUAUUCUUUGUCUUUAUAUUACUUCAUAUUACUUUUGUGUCUGUCUCUCUCCCCCGUCCCACUUCCUCUCUCUCUCUCUCUCUCUUUCUCAGUCAUUUCGAUCCUUAUUCUCAAGGGCAUCUAUAAGAAAAUUACUUUUCCGUCUACGUCUCUCUUCUUCUUUUACUUUAUGUUCUCUGUGGGCACCUGUAUUGACAUCACAUUAGUUUUGGCUGUUCAUCAUGCGCCCUAUUCUUCGAAGAACCCAUCUUGCAAGACACUCUUUUUCUUUGAAUUGUGUUUCGGUGCUGGUUACCUAGAGAAAGAAAACAACUCAACGCAUUCUAAAUUGGACCUUCUAGUGUUUCUAAUAAACAUUUGA